AUUCCCGAUGACUUCCUCUAUCUCAGCCUGGAUUUGGAGUGAGAAAUUUUGGCUUCCCGAAAAUGUUACAUGGGCAGACAUGGAGCGUCCACCAUCUGGUGUGGAGUAUCCCCGACUGGGACACCUACUGUACGCCUUGCCUCUGGCUGUCGGAGUUUUAUUUCUAAGGCUCCUUUUUGAAAGGCUAGUGGCCAAGCCCUGUGCCCACAUACUUCAGAUUCAGGCAGGAGUGCCUCGAAGAGCUCAGCCCAAUGAUGUCCUGGAGAGGGUGUUUCAGUCCAAAACGUGUCCAGACCCGAGACAACUGGAGGGACUGUCAAAGCAGCUGGACUGGGACGUACGGAAAAUCCAGAGAUGGUUUCGUGUCCGUCGGAACCAAGACAGGCCUAGUAUGCAGAAAAAGUUCUGUGAGAGCAUGUGGCGAUUUACUUUUUACCUGGGGAUUUUUAUCUACGCCAUUCGCCACUUGUGGGUGUCACCUUGGAUGUGGGAUAUCAGACAGUGUUGGCACAACUAUCCUUUUCAGCCUUUAAGCUCUGGACAGUACAACUAUUAUGUAGCUGAGCUGGCUUUCUAUUGGUCUCUGAUGGUGUCCCAGUUCACUGACAUUAAACGUAAGGAUUUCAUGAUCAUGCUUGUACACCACCUGGCCACCAUAAUGCUCAUCACAUUCUCCUAUGGCAACAACAUGCUAAGAGCUGGCACACUGGUCAUGUGUGUGCACGAUGCAUCCGAUAUCUUCCUUGAGGCUGCCAAGUUGGCCAACUAUGCCAAGUACCAGAGGCUCUGUGAUGGCCUGUUUGUGGUGUUCAGCAUAAGCUUUUUCCUAACUCGACUUGUCAUCUACCCUUUCUGGAUUGUUAACAGUGUUCUGUUUGAGAGCUGGGAGAUCAUUGGGCCAUACCAGGCCUGGUGGUUGCUUAAUGGGUUGCUGCUGCUGCUGCAGGCUCUUCACAUUAUCUGGUUCUACCUCAUUGCUCGCAUUGCUAUCAAAGCCAUAUUCAAGGGAAAGGUGUCAAAAGAUGACCGCAGUGACGUUGAGAGCAGCUCAGAUGAGGAAAUUUAUUCUAACUCCAGUAAAAAUUCCAGUGAGAACCCAAAACCAAAGGACAGCAGUCGGAGUGGUAACCUUAAUGGAGAAACUCAUGACCACUGAGCACCAUGAGGGACUAUCUACUCCCAGUGUGACUUUUAUUCACCUUCUGUGUGCCUGUGUUCCGCUUUGUCACUUUGACCCCCUGAGAAGACUUUAAAAAGAUCUGCUGGGCUGCUCAGAAGGACCAGUUGGAUACAGAGGAAGUCCAUAUGUGGAAUACAAACUUGCCAUUGUCUUACUGAGUCAGGUUUACACUGUGUGAAGUUUACACCUGCUUUUUGCUUACAACAGUAGACAGAGAAAUGUGUGUGGUCUGUCUGGACAGACAGUGUGUGUGUGUGUGUGUGUGUUUGUGGUACUGUAUUGUACAGCUGUAAAACAAAUCACUUCAUCUGCCUUACUGCAGAUAUUUCUAAAAACGCCAAAGGUUUUUAAUAAAACAUGACUGUACCGAACCC